CAUACAAACAAAACCCAUCUACAACAACGCACCACCCCCAUCUACCCGCGCGCGUCUAUCCUUCCUCCUCUCUACCUUAAACUCGCUCGCCCGCUCACAUCCCCUAUCACGAUUCAAACCCCAUUUUACCCUCUCAACAGAAAAAGAAAAAAUCAGCAAAGAAUCUACAUAUCUAUACAGCCUUUCAUCUUCCCUAGCACUACUAUCUCUUAUCCUACUGUCUCCUCCUCCUCUUCACUCCACUACAUUACACUACACUACACUGCACUGCACUAUACACUCUCUUAUCCCCCUCAAGUCCUCUAUGAGAAAAGAAAAAAGGGGAUAAAAAUGAUGGGACAUGAAUAUACUACACCACCCACCAUGGACAGAAAAGCCAAAAAAAAGAAGAGGAAGAGAAAAGAGGAAAAGAAAGAGGAACAAGAAAGACAAAAAAAAAGAUUAGAAUUGUUUCCUAUUACAAUCAUAUAUAUAGGUAUGUGAUUGCGUGAGUACAAAAUAGGCAAAACACGCACUACUCAGACAACAUACACACUUAUGUAUACUCGCACGCACGCUAGCUAUAUAUACAUAAAUAAAUAUACAUACAUAUAUAUAUAUAUAUAUAUAUAUGCCCAACCACACAACAACCCUCCCCAUCUUACUCCAUCCAUCACACCCAUCUCGUACCUAGCUAGCCGACCCAUCCCCAUCCCCAUCCACAUCCACAUCCACACAUCCACACACGUAGCAACAAACCACCCAUUUCGUAAUCACAUCCCUACCACAUCACAAUCACAAUCACAUUGCAUGAACGAGCUCGCUCGGCGGGCCGACCCGCUGUAUGCUUCCGGCACAUAGUCACCGCGACCACCCACCAGUGAUACACUACUGCAAGGGCAUGUAU